UACUUUGCAUAUAUUUAACAGAUCAAAGCUGGCUACUUUACAUACAUGAUUACAUAUAUACUUAUAUUAUAUUAUUAUAUUGCUAAAAAGUGAGUUGGGUAUCUUGGAAACCAGUAUAGAUUCCCUUUUUUCUCACUGUAUAUUUAUUUCCAAAAUAUUUCAUACAAAUAGAAACUUUAAAAAUACUAGUGUAUUGUAUUUGAAACUGGAAAUCUUGGUUCACUCAAGACUCACUGUAUUUGGUAGUAAAUCUUUUUUUUUUUUUUACUACUGAAAGUACACUAAUAUUUCUUCAUUUUUUUAUGCACACAACCUGUUUGAUAAAAGGUCUGGGUGAGAUGUUAAUUACUUAGAAAAAAUUAAAGUUUGCAAAUUUUUGCAUUUUGAGAGUAGCCCUUUUCUUUUUGAGGGCUAAAGAAUAUAGAAGCAAAAAAAAGGAAACUUUUUUGAUGCUGUUAAUGUAAUUGGUGAAAAAAUGUCAUCUGAAGAGGUUGACAACCAAGAAUCAAGAUCUUUGGCUUUGACUCCAACAUGGUCUGUGGCUACAGUUUUGACUAUUUUUGUUGUUGUAUCUUUGCUUGUUGAGAGAUCAAUCCAUCGUUUAAGUAAUUGGUUAAAGAAAACAAAUCGUAAGCCAUUGCUUGCUGCCGUGGAGAAAAUGAAAGAAGAGUUGAUGCUUCUUGGCUUCAUAUCUCUCCUUCUCACAGCCACCUCUAGCAUUAUAUCAAAUAUUUGUAUCCCCUCUAAGUACUAUGAUAGUGUAUUUGCUCCUUGCACCAAGUCUGAGGUUGAUGAAGAAAUGGAGGGUAAUGAAAGGAAGCUAUUUAUGACUUUCGUAUAUUCUCGAAGGAGAGUAUUGAAUGUAUUGAAUCAGAAUACAUGUCAAAAGGAUUACGAGCCAUUUGUAUCAUAUGAAGGCCUUGAACAACUACACCGGUUUAUUUUUGUCAUGGCAAUUACUCACGUAUCUUACAGCUGCUUAACAAUGCUUCUAGCUGUAGUGAAGAUCCACAGUUGGAGGAGAUGGGAGGAUGAGGCUCAAGUGGACCGGCAUGACGUGUUAACGGAAAUAUCAAGAAACCAGACAAUGCGGAGGCAAUCAACAAUUGCCAAAUUUCACACAUCAAAUCCUUUGGUUAGGAAUAGUUUAUUUACUUGGAUGGUUUGCUUCUUUCGGCAAUUCGGGGCAUCAGUUGUUCGUGCUGAUUACCUUACUCUGCGUAAAGCCUUCAUCCUGAACCACAACCUUACAUCAAAAUAUGAUUUUCACAGUUAUAUGAUUCGUUCAAUGGAAGAAGAAUUUCAAAAAAUAGUUGGAGUAAGUGCUCCGCUUUGGGGUUUUGUUGUGGCUUUUAUGCUCUUUAAUGUGAAAGGAUCAAAUCUCUACUUUUGGAUUGCCAUUAUUCCAAUUACUCUUGUUUUACUUGUGGGGACAAAACUGCAACAUGUUAUAGCUACUUUGGCACUGGAGAGUGCAGGAAUUACUGGGUACUUCACUGAAACAAGGCUAAAGCCCCGAGAUGAGCUUUUUUGGUUUAAGAAGCCCGAACUAUUGCUCUCUCUGAUCCAUUUCAUUCUUUUCCAGAACGCAUUUGAGCUAGCUUCAUUCUUUUGGUUUUGGUGGCAAUUCGGCUAUAACUCUUGUUUUAUCAAGAACCACAUGCUUGUGUAUAUACGGCUGAUUUUGGGGUUUAUUGGUCAGUUCUUAUGCAGCUAUAGCACCCUGCCACUCUAUGCACUUGUUACCCAGAUGGGUACAAAUUACAAAGCCGCAUUGAUUCCACAGAGAAUAAGAGACACGAUUCAUGGAUGGGGAAAGGAAGCUAGGAGGAGGCGGCGGCGGCUAGGAAUAUACGGUGAUGAUUCAACUGUUCACACGGACACAAGUACUGUGAUCUCAGUAGAGGAAUUUGACCACCAUGAGCUUGAUAGUCCACGAGCAGGUCCCACACCUGGUGAGGGUCUUGAAAUCGAGUUACAACAGCAUAGUGUCACAAUGACGGGUGAUUUGGAUUCCCCAUUUGUUGCUAACGAAAACUCAAGCCGGAUUGGUACACCUCUCCUUCGGCCUUGUGCAUCUGUGUCGUCAGCGACUUCACCCAGCUUUGUGCCAGAAACUGUCACUAGAUCAGCUUCAUUGCCAGCUCAGCGAGAAUGAAAGUAAAGAUUGGCAUAAAGGUUUUUCUUUUUCCUGUUAAUAUUUUCAGGUAGGUGAUUUGUGAUAAUUUUUUAGGAACAUAAUUACAUAACAAUUUGUGAAACUUUACGGUUGUAAAUGUAAAGAAUUACAAUCACCUUUUACUAUAAGAAAACACAAGAUAAAAAAAGUUCAUGUGA